GAGCACGCUCCUCCUGUUAUCAUAACGAAAGCACGGACGCGGCUCUCUCAUAGGGCUCUCUGCUAAAAUAAAUCAUAAUCUAACUUACUUCGAUAGUUUGCUUAAUAGACACGCGAUGUUUAUUGAGCUGUGACACUAUUUUUUUAUUUUAAUCGACUUUAUACAGCUUGUGUUAAGUUAUUUGGACUUCUGCAGCAGGCGAAUAACAACCAUGUUUGCAAUCCGAAAAGUCAGUCAUCUAUGCCGAAGAUCAGCAGUUUUCCCAUGGAGAGGUGUGAGUCAAAAAGCUGUACAGAGACUGGACAUCAGUGGGAUUUACCCUCCUAUUGCCACUCCAUUUACUCACAGUGAAGAUGUGGACUAUCAAAGACUCAAUGACAAUCUUAAGAAAUAUGCUAACAUACCUUUCAGAGGUCUUGUAGUACAGGGCUCAAAUGGGGAAUAUCCAUACCUGUCACCUGAGGAAAGGGUUGAGGUGGUGAGGAAAGUAAAACAGGCCUUGCCAAAAGACAAGUUAGUCAUGGCUGGAUCUGGCUGUGAAUCCACCAGAGCUACGAUCCAAAUGAGCCAAAAAAUGUCAGAUGCAGGGGCUGACUGUGUGUUAGUGGUAACACCAUGUUUUUACCGCGGUCGAAUGGACAGCCGUGCUCUUAUAAGCCAUUUCACUCAGGUGGCAGAUUCCAGUUCAGUUCCAGUUGUUUUAUAUAGUGUACCAGCAAACACUGGUCUCGACCUGCCUGUGGAUGCAAUUAUUCAACUUUCCCAGCAUCCAAAUAUUGUCGGCCUCAAAGACAGUGGUGGAGAUAUCACAAGAAUAGCUCUGAUUGUGCACAAAACCAGAUCACAGGAUUUCCAGGUGCUUGCAGGAUCAGCUGGGUUUCUCAUGGCUGCAUACUCUGUAGGGGCGGUGGGAGGCGUGUGCGCCCUAGCAAAUGUGCUGGGUCAGCAGGUGUGCGAGCUGGCACAGCUGUGCGUUUCAGGACGCUGGGACGAGGCCAGAGAGCUCCAGUAUCGCCUCAUCGAACCCAACACAGCAGUAACUCGACAGUAUGGUGUGCCGGCUUUGAAACAAGCCAUGGAGUGGUUUGGAUAUCAUGGUGGUGUGUGUCGGUCCCCCCUACAGCCUUUAUCACAGACAGAUUUAGAAAUGCUUCGAGUAAAAUUCACCUCUAAUGGUUGGUUAGAAAUAUAGGGCAACAAAAUUUAAAUAAAACUAUAGGACCAAUAACUUAAAAUUAAAUUUCAAUGUUUAAUUUUUUUUGUGCUGUGUGCUCAUGUAUGAAUCAUUUACAAUAAGAUAUUUGUUAUUAU